AAUAUCCCUAUGAUGAUUCGAUAGAUCGAUGAUUAUAAAAUCAACGAAAAUUAUCGCUACACGUAUAACAAAGACGCCGGCUGGUAAUAAAAAUAAUAUGUCCGCGUCAAUGAGCAGCAAGAGCACCGUGGUGUCCUCCAUCAUCUCGGGCCUCCUGAGCAUCGUUCUGUUUGGCACACUACGUUUCUACUCCGAAUGGUUCAACGACUCGCAGCUAAGGGUUCUUUUGGGCGGAUACCUUUUCUCCUGGGUGUUCAUCCUGAGCCUCACGUGCGUCUCCAAUGCGGAAAUGGUCGUCUUCGGCCAGGACUUCCAGGCCAAGCUGCUGCCCGAGAUCCUGGUCUGCCUCUCACUCACGGUGGCCGCCGCGGGAAUCGUGCAUCGUGUCUGUGCCACCACCAGUGUCCUCUUUUCCCUGGUGGGGCUCUACUUCCUUAACAGAAUCUCCACGAAGUAUUACUCCAUUCAGGUGCCCACCGUGGAUGCUCCUGCGACGAGGAAGGGCGGUAAAAAGUUCAAGUGAACCGAUCGCCUGGUCCUUACUUUCUUAACAAAACAUUCGAAUACCUAUAUUAAAUAUAAAUAAAUAAUAAACCGACACUCUCAUGUUAA